AAUGUGAGAUGGGGCUGGGAAUCCAAGUGAGAGAUAUAGAGAAGGAAGGGAAGUGAGCAAGCACAGGCGCUGGCAGCCAUCAGAAGUUCAAGCCUCUUUGACAACAGGAGGCGAGAAGAAAGGACAGAAGUGGUUCUGGCUGCAAUGGGGCUCUUACUGGGCCUCCUGCUCCUGGGCCACCUAACAGUGGUCACCUAUGGCCAUCCCAUCCUGGAAGCACCUGAGAGUGUGACAGGGCCUUGGAAAGGAGAUGUGAAUAUUCCCUGCACCUAUGGUCCUCUGCAAGGGUACACUCAAGUCUUGGUAAAGUGGCUGGUACAACGUGGCUUGGACCCAGUCACCAUCUUCCUACAUGAUUCCUCUGGAGACCAUAUCCAGCAAGCAAAGUACCGGGGCCGUCUGCAAGUGAACCACGAAGUUCCAGGAGAUGUGUCCCUCCAACUGAAUACCCUGGAGAUGGAUGACAGGAGCCACUACACAUGUGAAGUCACUUGGCAGACCCCUAAUGGCAAUCAAGUGGUGAGAGAUAAGAUCAUUGAGCUCCGUGUCAAGAAACUCUCUGUUUCCAAGCCCACGGUGACAACUGGCAGUGGCUAUGGCUUCACAGUGCCCCAGGGAAUGAGGAUUAGCCUUCAAUGCCAGGCUUGGGGUUCUCCUCCCAUCAGUUAUGUUUGGUACAAGGAACAGACCAACAAUCAAGAACCCAUCAAAGUAGCAGUCUUGAGUACCUUACUUUUCAAGCCUGCCAUGGUGGCUGAUUCAGGCUCCUAUUUCUGUACUGCCAAGGGCCGGGUAGGCUCUGAGCAGCGCAGCAACAUUGUGAAGUUUGUGGUCAAAGAUUCCUCAAAACCACUCAAGCCUAAGACUGAAGCACCUACAACCAUGAAAUCUCCCUUGGAAGCAACCUCCACAGUGAACCUGAUUUGGAACUGGACCACUGAAGUGGAUGGCUACCUUGGGAAGACCAGUGCUGAGCCAGGAAAGGGCCUGCCUGUCUUUUCCAUUGUUCUCAUCAUUUCCCUGUGCUGUAUGGUGGUCUUCAUCAUGGCUUAUAUUAUGCUUUGCCGGAAGACAUCCCAGCAAGAGCAUGUCUACGAAGUGGCCAGGGCACAUGCCAGGGAGGCCAGCAAUUCUGGUGAAACCUGGAGAGUGGCCAUUUUCACAAGUGGCUGCUCCAACGAAGAGCCAUCUUCCCAGACCUCAGGCAAUGACUACUCCGAGGAUCCCUGCCUGGGCCAGAAGUGCCAGAUCAUCGCCCAGAUUAACAAUGACUAUGCUCACCUGCUGCAUUCAGUUCCUCCAGAUUAUGAGCUUUUGGCCACCAAGGACAAGGACGUCUGCUAA